AUGACUACCGCGGACGACUGCACUGUGACCGGCACACCCAUCGUGGUCAAUGGCUCAGAUGCGACGAUUAAGACGCUUCUAGCCAGCUUCCUGCACAACCCUGCGCUUCUAGACAACUUUCAUAUCCCAAGACUCAAGCUGCGCCUGGCUACGAUACAGACCUGGGGAGUGCGAGAGGGAGACCAUCUGGUCGAUAUCGGCUGCGGACAGGGCGAGUCCUCUCUCGCGCUCGCCACCGUCGUCGGCGACCGCGGCCAUGUCUCUGCCAUCGAUCCCGCGCCAUUGGAAUACGGGCACCCAUUUUCCAUGCGCGAAGCGCACGACCAUAUCCGCCAGUCCGUGCUCGGCCCGCGCGUAUCCUUCUACCAGGCCGACGCCCCGUCGUUCCUCGCAGACCAGCGGCCGGACCGGCCCCUCGACGGCGCCGUCCUGUGCCAGAGCCUCUUUUACUUCCCCGACGAGCGCCAGGUCCAGUCGCUCUUCACGACGCUGCAGGGCGCCGGCAUAUCGCCCGUCUACGUCUCCGAGUGGUCGUACGCCCCGUCUAGCGAGACGCAGGCCGCCCACGUGCUGGCGACGACGGCGCAGGCGCUGUACUACCGGUACAAGCCCGCGGCCCGCAUCGGCGUGCGCGAGCAAAACGUGCGCGCCGGCGUCGACCAGCAGGCCAUUCUGCGCGCGGCCAAGGCGGCCGGCUACAGGAUCGCCAGAGAGACGCUCAUCACUCCCGGACAGGACAUGCUCGAGGGCCAGUUUGAAGUCCGCUAUGUGCUCGGGCCGCUCUUCCAGCAGCGAGUCGCGGACGCGGCCUUGUCAAAGGACCAGGAAGCGGAGAUUGCCGCGGUGGUUCAGGAGUUGAGAGAAGAAGUAGAGAAGGAGCUGUAUUCGGGUGGUGCAUCUGUGAGGGCAAUGGAUGUGUGGGCUCCUGUCUUUGAACUGGCCCAGUAA